CCACUGUGUUCUACCGUUUCCAGCUGCAGUCUCUCUCAGUCUCUCUCAGUUUAUCCAGUCUCAAAAGACAGCGCCCCAGUAUAUCACAGUCUGCAAUCUGCAGCGUCAUCACAGUCGCAUCCUGCAAUAUUCAGUCAAGUGCAAGUGUCAAAGAUCAAUAGGGAGAUAAAUAAAAUUGCAAUUGCACUUCACUGUGUGGACUAAGCAAAGGAACAAAAUGCAUUCAUCAAUUCUGGAAGACUCGCCCAAUGCGCGCAUCAACAAGACCAUUCUCGAUCGCUAUCUGUCGCUGCCGCUGGAGGAUAACGUGGUCCAGGCCACCUAUGUGUGGAUCGAUGGCACCGGCGAGGAUCUGCGCUGCAAGGAUCGCACCCUCGACUUUAUCCCCACGAGUCCCAAGGAAUUACCCGUGUGGAAUUAUGAUGGCAGCUCGUGCUACCAGGCCGAGGGCUCCAAUUCGGACACCUACCUGUAUCCGGUGGCCAUCUACAAGGAUCCCUUCCGCCGUGGCAACAACAUUCUGGUGAUGUGCGACACCUACAAGUUCGAUGGCACCCCCACCGACACCAACAAGAGGAAGAGCUGCCUGGAGGUGGACAACAAGUGCGUCGAUGAGGUGCCAUGGUUCGGCAUUGAGCAGGAGUACACCUUCCUUGACUUUGAUGGCCAUCCAUUGGGCUGGCCCAAGAACGGUUUCCCCGGUCCCCAGGGUCCCUACUACUGCGGCGUGGGCGCCAAUAAGGUCUAUGCCCGUGACAUUGUGGAUGCGCAUUAUCGUGCCUGUCUGUAUGCUGGCAUCAAGGUGUCCGGCACCAAUGCCGAGGUGAUGCCCGCCCAAUGGGAGUUCCAGGUGGGACCCUGUGUGGGCAUCUCCAUUGGCGAUGACUUGUGGAUGGCUCGCUUCCUCUUGCAUCGCAUCUCGGAGGAGUUUGGCAUUGUGUCCACAUUGGACCCCAAGCCCAUGCCCGGUGACUGGAACGGUGCCGGUGCCCAUACCAAUGUCUCCACCAAGGCCAUGCGGGAGGAUGGUGGCAUUCGGGAUAUUGAGAAGGCGGUGGCCAAGCUAUCCAAGUGCCAUGAGCGUCACAUUCGCGCCUAUGAUCCCAAGCAGGGACAGGACAAUGCCCGUCGCCUCACCGGCAAGCACGAGACGAGCUCCAUCAAUGACUUCAGCGCUGGAGUGGCCAACCGUGGCUGCAGCAUACGCAUUCCCCGUGGCGUCAACGAUGAUGGCAAGGGCUAUUUCGAGGAUCGUCGCCCCAGCUCCAAUUGCGAUCCCUACUCCGUGGUGGAGGCCAUCUUGCGGACCAUCUGCCUGGACGAGUAGAGGCGGUGGCAAUAGAGGGCAGACAAUGGCACCAUUCUAUAUAUGCAUCUUGUCCAUCUUGUCUGCCUGCAGCAUUGUUUUGUUGCCCUGUUAUUGAUUUCUAAUUUGUUGUUAACCCAUCGAUCCACUGAUCCAUUGACCCCGCACCUCUGCCCGCACCCGCACCCGUACCCGACACCCGACACCCGACACCUGACACCCGGCAAGCCGAACCGAACCGAAUCGUAACAAAAAAAAUCGGACGCGGACGCGGACCCCGUCUCUCGGCGGUGGUAAUAUGUAUACCGUUAGACAUUAGUCAUUAGGCGCAAUUCAAUUUACCUAACGUAUUUUCCCCCCACUGAAGUUCCUGACGCUGAAGGGCAGGACAGGAUCUAGAAACAGAAUUACUCUAUCUACUAUAUAGAAACUUCCUCGCUAAGAUUUUCCAGUGUUUUUUUUUUGUUUUUUUUUCUCCAGCCCCUGUUGUUAGGUUUUAGUGUGAGGAUGUUUUUAAUUAUGUUUUUUUUUUGUUGUUGUUGUUGUUGAAUGAUUAACGAGUAGAGCAAGCAAAGAUCCAAAAAGAUAUACCACCCCUGAUCGCCCCCCAUGAGCGAAUGGGUGGGGGGCCCCCCAAAGACAAAGAACGAAGAACAUAAAGCUGUAGGAUCAAACAACACAGUCCCCAGACCCCAUCCCUAUAAUUGUUAAUGAUAUUAAUUAAUUACGCGUAAUC